UUUAGAAUGUUACUACUAAACGUAAUAUUUACAAUAAUUCUGCUCCAAACAUGCAGUUAUGUCUCGUCCCGGGAAUGUAGUAACUGUCAACUGAUCACUUCGUGUCAACCACUUUUGUUUCUGAUUAAUUACAAAAGAGAUGACGAAACGGCGAAUAGAAUUAUCCAAGCUCAUUGUGGGUACGAUGAAGCCAAAAAAGAACACAUGGUCUGCUGUUCCGAUUUUAAGUCAAUAAAAUCCGAGUCCAGAAUAGGAGCUGUACAGGAUAAAACGUCUCUGUUACCAGAAUCGUGCGGAGACAUCGACGGUUAUCGAAUUGUUGGAGGCAACGUCGCGGGACUCUAUGAAUUCCCUUGGAUGGCCCUAAUUUCAUAUAACGAUACAACCGGGAUAGACUUCAAAUGCAGUGGCAGUAUAAUUAACUCCAGGUACAUUCUGACUGCGGCUCACUGUAUACAAGACACAAUUAUUGGUGUGCGCGUCGGUGAACACGAUAUAAGUACCUCAGAAGAUUGUUAUCAGAAUAUGUGCGAGACUCAUAUACAGGAUAUUCCCAUUGACAAAAUCACUACGCACCCGAAAUGGAAUUUCCAAAAGCGAAUUAACGACAUUGCUUUGAUACGUGUAGCCGAAGAAAUCAAUCUUACACCUGCUAAUGUUCAACCUAUAUGUCUACCACUAAAUCCAAAUCUACAAAAUGAAGAUUUGAUUGGUAAAAAUGCUGUCGUUAGUGGAUGGGGAUUAAUAGAAACAUCGGAAGCCUCUACUGUCUUAUUGAAAGUUACUGUGCCUAUCGUAGUUUGUGUGAAUAAAACAAGAACUCAAAUCUGCGCUGGUGAACGCUUCAGAGAUUCCUGCAGGGGAGACUCAGGGGGGCCACUAAUGCUAGAAGAUGAGUAUGGUGAUACAAUGCGCUUUGUUCAAUUUGGUAUAGUAUCAUAUGGUACUAGGUUUAAAUGCGGAUCUUCUACACCAGGAACAUACACUGAUGUUAGAAAAUAUGUUGAUUGGAUACUCGAAACAAUAGAACCAUGAUUAAAUAGGGAACGUUAACGUUAUAUUUUUCAUACAGUUAUAAAUGUCAAUAUCUCAUAAGAGUGUCGCGCUUGAACAUGAUUUUGUUGCUAUUUCUGGUCCAGUCUGGAAGUUGAAACCAUUAUUUUACAUUAGUGUUACAGUAGUAACUCUACACGACAUUAAAGAUUUGUACAUGCUCCAACUGAUAGCAUGAAAGACAUAACUAAACAACAGGAUAUGUUUUGUGGCUGAUUGUUUAUCAAGUUCUAAUUAAUGAUCGAAGUGCUCGAGGACUUGGUAGGGUUCGGUUGAUAUUUUAUUUUUUCAGUUAGAUCUAGAACUUUAGUGAAUUUUCAAUACAAACCAAUUUUUCUAUUCUAAAAACUGUAUUCAUCGUAACAAUGUAACCUGUAUAUUUGUAUGGCACCAUAUAACUUAAAAACUCUUCUAUGAUUCUGAUAGGACCGAACAUUUAUCACCAAUGUAACUUUAAAUAAAAUAUUUUUUUACUA